CGUGCCGUCGCAUCAAUCGAAUUGGCCCAAAUGGAUACAUGAGCUAAAAUUUCGCUCGGUUCUAGCAGUUUUCUACCAAAUCCGUCGUCGCUCUCUCUGUCUUUACCUGUCGUCGUGGUCGUAUUGCCCCCCUUGUCUUAUCAGCACCCCUAUCAAACCACAACACUCGCUUUUGCCGAAAACUGGCUGACCCGGGCACUCACUCACUUCCAACUUUGCGGGUUGCGCACGCCGCUCUUUGAACAAUGGGCCACUUUGAGUUUCGAGAAUUGGGGGCGAUUUGCAAUUAUAUGCGCAGCAAAUACGAAGAAAGAGCUGAGACAAAGGGGAAGCGAAGACGAUCAAUGAGCGAUACGGUCACGGAGCGAAAGCAAAAGUAUGGGAAACUGCAUAAGCCGCCGACAGUACAGUCGCUGCAUCAAAGACAGGACAGAUCGCGCAGUCGGCUCCAGAAAAGUAGACCGCAGUCCAUGAUGAGCCUGGCGCAGCCCUUGCCCAAUCUCUUUGUCCUGGAAUACGAUCCGUAUCCGUACAACACACAACCAUGCCAGUUCCUCGGAGUGUUUUCAAGCAUCGAUACAGUCACAGCGGGCGCAUUCCAGCACGGCGCGUACUCAUUUUCAAGAGAGGGGCUACUAGACGGCUCAGAAUAUCUCAGUCCAACAGGCCGCAUCAAAAUCGUUUCGCACCCGCUGCAAUCCACCGGGGUGACUGCCACUGUGCCGGGCGAAACAUCCAAGAAAGACGGACAGCACAUGCGCCUUGAUAUCCCGCAUCCGCUCAGCCAACCAGUUCCGCGAUUCGACAGCCACCAGGAUCUUAACAUGCCGAAGAGAAGCGAGGUCACUGUCUACUUGGCACUUCAUGAAAGCCCCAAUACAGCGUUUUGCAUCGGCUUGUUCACGAGCAAGAGUCUAGCUUGGGGCGCGUGCUUGAAAGACAAAGCGUGGCUCGAGUGGACGGACAAAGUGGUGGAGCAAAAGAGGGAUGUGGGUGAGAACAACCUCCCGCGUAUUGAAGGAAGACUUGUCGGAAGCGGACGGCAUGUCUGGUACGUCAAGGAGUCAAUUGUCAAUGAUGUGAGAAAAUGAAAAGAACGUCCACUGAAGGUCUUUCUUCACUUUCUUCCAACUUCACCCACGUAUGAGAGACUCACGCAUCACGAUGGCUUAUGUAACUCACCACAAUGCAUAUACAGCGAAGCAUGUGUUUACACGCCCUUCCCCCUCCCUCUCGAUUACGCGUGUAUCAUGCAUACCCUCUCACCGCCCGAGGACCCAGACCCACUAUUAAAAACGCUUUCGGUCCCAAGAUUUCUUCUACAAAGCUGAAAAAAAGAACAUCAUGUGAUGCACGUGUCCGCUCCCGCCAACGGUAAUCGGCACUUGGCUCGGCACACUGCAUUUUGAACCAACGGGGGGGGGG